AUGUCGUUGAAGAUUCGCUACCGCGCUCCUUCCGGGCCAGGCUCUAUCGACCUCGCUGGCGAUGCCACCGUCUCCCAGUUGUUUGAUGCCGUCAAGCAGGCAACGGGCACCGCGAAUAUUGCCAUCAAGUACGGUUGGCCGCCGAGAGCCCUGGAAUUGGACCAAGCCCAUGUGUCGAUUGCAUCCCUCAAUUUACACCGCGAGAGCCUCACUAUCGUUCCCGUAGACGCGGCUGCCCCGACCGAGGCACCUCUCGCUGCACAGCAAGUUGCUCCCACGCCAUCCAUCCCCGCCGGUGCCUCUUUCGAGCAGAAGGACGUAAAAGAUGGGCCCGUGACCGUGAAGAUGACACAGACCGACACCUAUCUCGUCCUGCGAGUGAUGCCCGAUGACAACUCGUGCAUGUUCACCGCCAUUGCCGGAGCGCUUAGGGGCGCCAACUCAGGACUUGAUGGUUCGUCGCCUGAAAAACUCCGGCGCAUAGUCGCCGAUCACAUACUCGCCAAACCGGAUAUUUUCACCAAGGUGGUGCUCGAAAAGGAGCCACGGGCCUACUGCGACAACAUUCUGCGACCAGAUGUAUGGGGCGGGGCUAUUGAGCUCGGUAUCAUUUCCGAAGUCUUCUCGAUUGAGAUUUGCGUCGUCAAUGUCAAGGAGGGGACAAUCAUCAGGUACGGGGAGGACCAGUACGAUCUCCGUUGCGUACUUGUAUGGUCCAAUAUUCACUACGACCGGGUGGCUGAAAUAUUCACCGAGGACCAAGUUGAUGAUUCUUUUGACGUCACGACUUGGAAUUGUCGCGAAAGUGACCACAUUCUCCAGAGCGCUAAAGUCCUCUGCCGGAAGCUCAAAGAUGAGUAUCAUUACUUUACCGACACGAGCGACUUUGUCGUGCGAUGCAACCAGUGCGGCUGGAUUGGCCAAGGUGAAAGGGCCAUCGUCACGCAUUCGGCGAACACUGGCCACGUGGCCAUCGAAGAGAUUCCAGACACGACAUGA